AUGAUAACAGCGCUCAUCCUUUGUCGUGAUGCUUGCGGGGUCGAAGUAAGUUCUGAUGGUGGAUCAGGUGAGUCUGGAGGUCCGCACACGAUAACAGCGUUCAUCCUUUGUCGUGAUGCUUGCGGGGUCGAAGUAAGUUCUGAUGGUGGAUCAGGUGAGUCUGGAGGUCCGCACACGAUAACAGCGUUCAUACUUUGUCGUGAUGCUUGCGGAGUCGAAGUAAGUUGUUAUGGUGGAUCAGGUGAGUCUGGAGGUCCGCACACGAUAACAGCGUUCAUCCUUUGUCGUGAUGCUUGCGAAGUCGAAGUAAGUUGUGAUGGUGGAUCAGGUGAGUCUGGAGGUCCGCCAACGAUAACAGCGUUCAUCCUUUGUCGUGAUGUUUGCGAAGUCGAAGUAAGUUGUGAUGGUGGAUCAGGUGAGUCUGGAGGUCCGCACACGAUAACAGCGUUCAUCCUUUGUCGUGAUGCUUGCGGAGUCGAAAUAAGUUAUGAUGGUGGAUCAGGUGAGUCUGGAGGUCCGCACACGAUAACAGCGUUCAUCCUUUGUCGUGAUGCUUGCGAAGUCGAAGUAAGUUGUGAUGGUGGAUCAGGUGAGUCUGGAGGUCCGCACACGAUAACAGCGUUCAUCCUUUGUCGUGAUGCUUGCGGAGUCGAAGUAAGUUGUGAUGGUGGAUCAGGUGAGUCUGGAGGCCCGCACACGAUAACAGCGUUCAUCCUUUGUCGUGAUGCUUGCGAAGUCGAAGUAAGUUGUGAUGGUGGAUCAGGUGAGUCUGGAGGUCCGCACACGAUAACAGGGUUCAUCCUUUGUCGUGAUGCUUGCGAAGUCGAAGUAAGUUGUGAUGGUGGAUCAGGUGAGUCUGGAGGUCCGCACACGAUAACAGCGUUCAUCCUUUGUCGUGAUGCUUGCGAAGUCGAAGUAAGUUGUGAUGGUGGAUCAGGUGAGUCUGGAGGUCCGCACACGAUAACAGCGUUCAUCCUUUGUCGUGAUGCUUGCGGAGUCGAAAUAAGUUCUGAUGGUGGAUCAGGUGAGUCUGGAGGUCCGCACACGAUUACAGCGUUCAUCCUUUGUCGUGAUGCUUGCGAAGUCGAAGUAAGUUGUGAUGGUGGAUCAGGUGAGUCUGGAGGUCCGCACACGAUAACAGCGUUCAUCCUUUGUCGUGAUGCUUGCGGAGUCGAAGUAAGUUGUGAUGGUGGAUCAGGUGAGUCUGGAGGUCCGCACACGAUAACAGCGUUCAUCCUUUGUCGUGAUGCUUGCGGAGUCGAAAUAAGUUCUGAUGGUGGAUCAGGUGAGUCUGGAGGUCCGCACACGAUAACAGCGUUCAUCCUUUGUCGUGAUGCUUGCGGAGUCGAAGUAAGUUGUGAUGGUGGAUCAGGUGAGUCUGGAGGUCCGCACACGAUAACAGCGUUCAUCCUUUGUCGUGAUGCUUGCGGAGUCGAAAUAAGUUCUGAUGGUGGAUCAGGUGAGUCUGGAGGUCCGCACACGAUAACAGCGUUCAUCCUUUGUCGUGAUGCUUGCGAAGUCGAAGUAAGUUGUGAUGGUGGAUCAGGUGAGUCUGGAGGUCCGCACACGAUAACAGCGUUCAUCCUUUGUCGUGAUGCUUGCGAAGUCGAAGUAAGUUGUGAUGGUGGAUCAGGUGAGUCUGGAGGUCCGCACACGAUAACAGCGUUCAUACUUUGUCGUGAUGCUUGCGGAGUCGAAGUAAGUUGUUAUGGUGGAUCAGGUGAGUCUGGAGGUCCGCACACGAUAACAGCGUUCAUCCUUUGUCGUGAUGCUUGCGAAGUCGAAGUAAGUUGUGAUGGUGGAUCAGGUGAGUCUGGAGGUCCGCACACGAUAACAGCGUUCAUCCUUUGUCGUGAUGCUUGCGGAGUCGAAAUAAAAUCUGAUGGUGGAUCAGGUGAGUCUGGAGGUCCGCACACGAUUACAGCGUUCAUCCUUUGUCGUGAUGCUUGCGAAGUCGAAGUAAGUUGUGAUGGUGGAUCAGGUGAGUCUGGAGGUCCGCACACGAUAACAGCGUUCAUCCUUUGUCGUGAUGCUUGCGGAGUCGAAGUAAGUUGUGAUGGUGGAUCAGGUGAGUCUGGAGGUCCGCACACGAUAACAGGGUUCAUCCUUUGUCGUGAUGCUUGCGGAGUCGAAGUAAGUUAUGAUGGUGGAUCAGGUGAGUCUGGAGGUCCGCACACGAUAACAGCGUUCAUCCUUUGUCGUGAUGCUUGCGAAGUCGAAGUAAGUUGUGAUGGUGGAUCAGGUGAGUCUGGAGGUCCGCACCCGAUAACAGCGUUCAUACUUUGUCGUGAUGCUUGCGGAGUCGAAGUAAGUUGUGAUGGUGGAUCAGGUGAGUCUGGAGGUCCGCACACGAUAUCAGCGUUCAUCCUUUGUCGUGAUGCUUGCGGAGUCGAAGUAAGUUCUGAUGGUGGAUCAGGUGAGUCUGGAGGUCCGCACACGAUAACAGCGCUCAUCCUUUGUCGUGAUGCUUGCGGAGUCGAAGUAAGUUCUGAUGGUGGAUCAGGUGAGUCUGGAGGUCCGCACACGAUAACAGCGUUCAUCCUUUGUCGUGAUGCUUGCGAAGUCGAAGUAAGUUGUGAUGGUGGAUCAGGUGAGUCUGGAGGUCCACACACGAUAACAGCGUUCAUACUUUGUCGUGAUGCUUGCGGAGUCGAAGUAAGUUGUUAUGGUGGAUCAGGUGAGUCUGGAGGUCCGCACACGAUAACAGCGCUCAUCCUUUGUCGUGAUGCUUGCGGAGUCGAAGCGGGAGUGUCUUCAUCCCUUGCUGGUCUUUUCGCGUCCGGUUCGUCGCUUUCAUAUGGCUCCAGCCUAAUAAUACGUUGUCGUGAUGCUUGCGGGGUCGAAGUAAGUUCUGAUGGUGGAUCAGGUGAGUCUGGAGGUCCGCACACGAUAACAGCGCUCAUCCUUUGUCGUAAUGCUUGCGGAGUCGAAGCGGGAGUGUCUUCAUCCCUUGCUGGUCUUUUCGCGUCCGGUUCGUCGCUUUCAUAUGGCUCCAGCCUAAUAAUACGUUGUCGUGAUGCUUGCGGGGUCGAAGCGGGAGUGUCUUCAUCACUUGCUGGUCUUUUCGCGUCCGGUUCGUCGCCUUCAUAUGGCUCCAGCCUAAUAAUACGUUGUCGUGAUGCUUUCGGGGUCGAAGUAAAUUUUAAUGGUGGAUCAGUUGCGCACCAUAUGACCAUACCGGCUUGA